AUGUGCUGUCCAUCUAAGUUCAGUGGUUCUGGGUUGACAGAAGGAACUACAGAGGAUGAUAAAGACGACUUAGGCAAAAAGGGUAUAGCAGUUAAAUUGAUGCCAGAAUAUUUGGUAGUUUGCUGUUGGAGGUGUGUAAAAGAAGCAUCAUUAUUGUUGGGACAACUUACUCAAACAGCACCAAUAAAACGAGAAGAAGAUGCUGCAGGAGGAUUGCUCAGCUUCCAGCAGAUCCUUUCAAUUGGAGAAUAUUUCAAAAAACAGCUGCUGGAGUCAAUUCACAGAGGAGCAUUUGAACUUGCUUAUGCAGGAUUUAUUAAGAUGUGUCAUACAUUAUGGAGGUGCACAGUUAGGGACCUACACCAACUGCCAUCUUCUUGGCUACUAGAUAUUAUGAAGGACAUUCAAGAUGAGUCAGGUACCAAGUUGUGUGCAACAAGGAGGAGUGCAGGUGUUCCUUUCUAUGUCCAAGCUAUUGUGACCACUGAGCCAGCUUCCACAGGAGGCAAAUGUUUGAUCCAGGCACUGGAAUUGCUUCUAAAAUUAGCUUUACCCAGUUCAGAGGCAGAGCAAGAAAGGAUUUCACAGGUCCAUUCUCUAAAUAUUCUCAGAGCUCUGUUCAGAGACUCCAGGUUAGGUGAAGCUGUGGCCCCCUAUGUAGCAGAUGGACUACAGGCUGGGAUUGCUGGGUUUAAUUCUCCUUACUGGGCUGUGAGAAAUGCAUCCACCCUUCUGUUCAGUGCCAUGAUGACUCGGAUAUUUGGUGUUAAACGAAGCAAAGAAGACAUGUCCAAGAAAAACUGUAUGACAGGAAGAGUGUUCUUUCAUCGAUACCCAAGCCUGUUUCAAUUUCUCCUGAAAGGGUUGGAUGAAGGUACCAAAAAUAUAAGUGACCAAGGUCAGCUUCACCUUCAUCCAGGGUUGUAUCCAAUCCUAAUGGUAAUGGGGAGACUAUUCCCUGCCAUGGUUGAGGGGAAUGAUCCCAAACUGAACCUGCCUGCGUACAUUCCCUUUGUGAUCAGCUGUGCGGGUAGUCGAGUUUUCAAGACCAGAGUCAUGGCAGGCAGAGCCCUGAGACCUCUGGUUUUUAAAGACCAGCUUGGAUCAGUUCUUGCUCAGCUCACAGGAUAUUUGCCAAGAGACCAGCAGCAGAGACAUUCUCAGAACUUGACACAUGGAAUCUUACUUCAGGUUGAACAUUUACUGAAAGAACUAAGUAACCUGCCUUCUAGCAUUGUGCAGGAAGCAUUAGAUGUCACAGUGACUGGGAUUAUGGAGGCAAAGUGGCUUAUCUUCAGGGAGAAUAGAUGUCCAGUUACAAGGGCAGCAUACUUUCAUGUUGCUCAAGCAAUGCUACAGUCAAGCCAGAGAGCAGAGGUGGACAAGCUUCAUAUUUUGGUGGACCAUCUCGCCAAGGUUGUGUUCACGGAGCUUUCAAGCCAAGACCCCUCAGGUUACAUCUCUCCUGGAUCCGUAGAGUUUAAUGUUGCCAUGGCCAACUUGAGUAUUAACUGUGAUGAAGUGUGGAACAAACUGAAAGAGCUCCUGAACAUAGAUGAUGGGACCCUACUUGCAUUUUUUCUUGAGUCUCCGUUCUAUGAAGUUCGUUUACUUGUUCUUCAGCACUUGACUUUGCUUAUGUCUACCCCAGUCAGUAAAUCCUCAAAAUUGGAGGAAAGCAAUAGGCUUUUUCAGAAGUUGAUUUCCAUGGCAACAGGAUUGGAACACCACCAAGGGUGUUUAGCUCAGGUUUUCUUAGUUCUGGUUCACCAUCCUUGUGCCAAGCAAUUCCCAUGGAAACUUUCCAGUGGCCUUUGGCAGUCCAGUCAGGUGCAAGACCUCCUGAUCAAAGUCCAAAAGACUUCCUCCAGGGAUGAGGUGAGAAGUGCAGCUUGCAGACUGAUAGGAGUCAUUCUGCCAUUGCUGUACAACCAGCUGGAGCAGGACCAGUUUGAAGAGGAUCUGCUUAUAGAUUCCCUCAGCAUUAUCAAGGCCAGCUGUGAUUCAGAACAGAAUGUUUCUGUGAGAGAGGCCUGUGCUAUGGUCCUGGCUCAACCAGAGAUGACAAGUAUUUUGAGGGAUGAGAAUCGUGUUUUAGAGCACCAUGUACUUCAUUUAUGGGAAUCGGUCAUCAUACUUCUCCAAGAUGAAGAUAUGUUAGUAAAAGAUAUCACUGCCAGGGCUGUGGAUCACUUGAACAAUUUUGAUUGUGAAGAAGAAUCUGAAAAGAAAAACCAAUGCCUGCAGCCUUCUAUGGCUAUAGAUAUCUGCAUGAAGACCAUGGUAGAACUUCAUCACCAAACACAUCCUGUGGAGUGCUUUACAUUACUGGCAACAUGGUUGCUCAGUGAAGAGAAGGUGGAGAUGGAAGAGUGUGUAUUUGACAAGGGAGAGAUAAAUACCUAUCAAGAAGAGGUGGCUUUUGCUCAGCUUUUAGCCAAACAUCUACAAAAAUUGCUCCAUUACAUGAACAGAGGAAGUGGCAUGAAAAGUUUACAUGCAAGUCCAAACAUGAUCAGAACUAAUGAAGAAUUGGAUAAAAAGUCUUUUAUUAUGCAAACUGAGCAAAACACAUGCGUAGAUGAACAGCAAAUUAGAAAUUUAAAUCAAAGUAGUGUGCUCACAAAAGAAAGUCUCCCAGAUUGGUCAUCAGAUGAGGGCGAGUCCCCAGCUUCCGCUAUGGCUGAUGAUGAUUUUAUCAACACUACAAAAAGAUCUGAGGUCCUCUCACUGGAGAAUGUAUUUCAGGUUAGGAAUCCUGAUUUCCGCCAUAUGGAUAGCAGAUAUGCUACUGCUAACAAAAUUAAAGGACAGGCUACCAAGCAGCUUUUGUCAGAGAUGUGUGGUAUUCAAUCUGUCUCAACAGCUCCACCUAGAGAAACAAGUGGGAAACCACCCAUUACAACUGGUAAGGCAUUGGGACAUGAACAAGAUAACUCUAUGAAUAAAGGUGAUGAUAAGGCAGAGUUUGAAACUGUUUUGCAUCAAACAAGACACUGCUUAAUCAAAUAUUUACAAGAAAAAGUGGAGUCACCAGUGGUGUAUGGCCACAGUAUGCCAUUUGUCCAGAUGCAAAAAUACCAGUCCGAGGUGAUUUCAUUGUACAAACACUUACUUGCAGCUCACUGUCUAGAACUUGAACAGGAUGUAUGCACCAGAUUUUGUUAUAACCAGAUGAUUGGACAGUUAAAAAGCAAGUUUGAUCAUUUUGGUAUGAAUUGCCUUCUAGCAGAAGCCCUUGAGUAAUUCCUUGGGGACACUUUAUGAAACAUCAGUAAAAUGAUUAAGGUAUAGGGCAUUCUGCUUUGAGUUCUCUUGAUUGAGGAAAUAUUUUUAUUUAUGCAUGUUGAUUCUGGAUUUUCUUCAUGUACAAUGUAGUUUAAUCAUUUUGGUAUGAAUUGUCAUCUAACAGAACCCCUUGGGUAAUCCAUUAUUGCAAGAAAAAAUUGGGGGUUAAGGAUGAAGAUGAACGCAAUCUCAUUACAGUACUUUAUUGUCUGAUAGUUAUUUGAGGAGGUAUAACACUUUAAGUAGGAGGUAUAACACUUUAGGAGGUAUAAGUUUCCUCAAAGUAAGAUUGAGACCAGUCUGAAAGCUAAUUAUAACCUCCAACCCAUGAAAGAUUGCAUUUAUUCAUUAUAUCCAAGCUUUGCUUGAUGGAAUGUGCCUGGGAUUUCAUAAAACAAGCUCCAUUAUCAAACUACUAGUGUAUUUGUCAUGAUAGGGGUAUUGUUGAAGUGGUAAUUUUAUUAAAUAGGAUAUCUUUGGUAAUUCAACUCGUAUCAAGACUUUGAAACAUCUAUUGAUGUCAAAGACUGCAUUCACAUCGAGUUGAGCCAUUGCUCUACAAAAUCACGAACUAAAUA